CAACCGAGGACAAAGCAGUUUCUGAAAGCAUACGUUACAAAUGGAGGCUGCUGAUGCCGUUUCAGUCAGUAGAAAUUGGGUUAUGUUUCUGUGUUUAAAAGUUUCGUAAGCUUGUGUUUGUUUAUCUGAUUGGUGACAUGAAGUUAAGGUGAAUUUCAUCUUUCGUUCAAAUUAUUUUUUGUUGAUCACAAAUGAUGGCUGACUCGGCUGAAACUGAGCCUCAGUGGACAGUGAGUUGGGUGACAGAGGAUGAUGAUGAGGAGGAGGAAGAAGAGGCCGUUACUGGCGCCUCAGGAGUUGAAGGUGAAGUCAUCUUUGGUGUGGCAUCUGAUUGUGUUCAGCUACCUCAAGAUCAAGUAGUUGUGACAUCUGCGGGAUUGACUGCUUUAGCAGGACUUAAACCCUCCCCAGUUUUCUUGGAUGAUGCUCACCAUGAAGUUGUUGUUGGUGGAGAUGUAAGUCUCUUCAAUUUUCAGGUUAUUACUGGCGGAGAUAUUGUAAGUGGAGAACAAGUUAUUGAAGGUGACCACAUAGUAACAGAUGGCGAAGUUAUUUCGGGAGGUGACAUUAUGUCUGGAGAUGAUGUUAUUACUGAGGAUGUUAUCACUGAAAGUGAAAUUAUGACUGGAGAAGAAGUAAUUGCUGGAGGUGAGCUGGUUGAUGGAGAAACAGUAGUGGACUCAUCUGGAGGGCAAUACCAGUACCAAGACCCUGAGCUAUUUGGAGUUCAAGUUAUUGAAGAAGAAGUCAUAAGUGAAGCCUGGGAAACUGGCCAAGCUGGUCAUGAUGGUCAAGUCCUGGUCUCUACAGUUGCCCAAUCUGAAUGGGGUGAUGCUGGAACAGAAGAUGAUAUGCUUGUGCCUCUUCCUCAAGACCAGCAGACAGGUGCAAGCCAAGUCAGGCCAUAUCCGUGUGACUUUUGCUCUCGACGCUUCUCUAAAAAGGCAAAUCUCAUGAACCACAUGGUUGCUCAUCAAGUGGAGCGUCCUUAUGGAUGUAACUUGUGUGGCGCUCGCUAUCGCCGUAAAUGUGACUUGCAUAAUCACCUGAAGAUACAUGCAUAUGCUCCUGAAGCUACUGAACAACAAGAAGAGGAGGAAGAAGAUGACCCUCUGUCUUCCCCACGGAGACUAGAUGUUCGAAUGGAUGGCAGACAGAAGCAAGGGCCAGCACAGAAACGCAGACGAGCAUCAGAAAGCUUCAGUGAGCCUGUCGAAGCUAGAGUGAAAAAGAAGCCCGGUAGGAAACCUGGUAAACCCAAAGGUGCCACGGGUCCUGGCCGCAAGAAAUUGCUCCCAGCCGAGAGACAGCCUCGUUCGUCGUAUGUGGAUGAAGAUAUGCGCCUUAUGACAGAAUUAGCUUCUCGUGGUGGAGGUGAGACCUCAAACGGAUAUUAUGUAAAUGGGGCAGUUGAAGAUCAGAAACCUCCAGAGCCUUUGCCUCCCAACUGGCCGGUUAAAGACCCUAGUCGUCCCUAUGUUUGUCAACAUUGUGGAAUUGGAUUUGCUCGUGCCAAGGCUCUUGGAUCUCAUGCAAGAGUUCAUGCUGGCGAUAGCCCCUUUGAAUGUUCAUCAUGCGGGGAAAUGUUCUGGGAUGUCCAUCUCCUGCGGGAACACACGAGGUUAAAACAUCCAGGUGGUGGUGUCAAAGUUGAACGUGAAGAAGAAGAGGAAGAGGUAACUGACCGGCCAUAUACAGGAGAUGAGAGAUUUGGAAAUUUCCGUUGUCAAACAUGCGGCCUUGAAUUCCAUCGGCAGGAUCUACUUAAAAAGCAUGCCAGGUUGCACAUGAAGAUGGAGAUGGGCCCUCUUGAGCCUGAGGUAGAAAGUGGGUCUGGUCGUGUUUACUCAUGUGGUGUUUGCGGCCAAUCAUACAGUUCAAGGAGAGCACUUCUGGCACACACUGAGUCUCACUCUCGGUAUCAGCCACAUCGCUGCAUGUUAUGUGGCCAAGGUUUCCCUGAUGAUCAGUUAGUAGCUGCCCAUGUCCGAGAACGCCAUGCUGGUGCUAUACCUGCUAAUGCUUGCCAGUUGUGCGGAAAAACAUGCAAAGAUCGCCGAGCUUUGCAGAAACAUUCUUGGGUUCAUUCAUCUGAGCGAUCCUAUUCUUGUCCCAAAUGUGACAAGCGAUUUCACUCAAGAGCAAGACUUCGCAGGCAUAUGGUUUCUCAUCGUGAGCGAGUUCUCACCUGUGCUGAAUGUGGUGCAACCUUCCCUGACGGCCGUUCUCUAGUGAACCAUCGCUUAGCAGUGCAUAGCCAACGAGAUGCGGCAGGCCGGUUGUUCCAAUGUCGCGAUUGUGGCAAAACAUUUGGGUCCCGUAGCAGUCAGCAAAUUCAUAUCCGAAUCCACACAGGAGAGCGUCCAUAUGCCUGCCGAUUCUGCUGGAAGGCCUUUGCUGAUGGUGGAACACUCCGCAAACAUGAACGGAUACAUACUGGUGAAAAACCUUAUGCUUGCCCCAUUUGUCCCAGGGCUUUCAAUCAAAGAGUUGUACUCAGAGAGCACAUUCGUGCACACCACUCUGGACCUGACCCUAAGCACUGCGCUGGUGGUGGUGGAUAUGUGUGCAAAGUAUGUGGAAUGGCCCUCAUUACCUCAGAGGACCUUUGUCUGCACUUGGUGAAGCACUCCGAUGAAAAUACGGCUCGACACCGCAAACCAGCUUUAGCACCACGCAAGUACAAACGGCGCCGCAGGCUGAAGCCCCAUGAAAUGGAGUAUGGAAACGAAGAUUCGCCUGAUAAUGAAUCAGAUUCAGACGCUGGUGUUGUCAGGAAAGCUAGUAAGCCGCAACCAGACUACGAUACUGUUGCCAGAACCUUUGAUGCUGCCUUGGACACAAUCAACUCCAUGGUAGGGCGGACCAAAGUUAAAAAGAAGCGCAAAAUGAAACACACAGGACCAGCUUUGGACGAAAACGAAGCGGGUUCAAGCAUGGUUGAUACAGGACUCCUCAGCCCUCCAAGGCUGGAGGACAAUGGAAUGAGGCCACCGGGGGGCGCCAUUCGCAUCAGACCAAGAAUAAAGAAUGUUUCUGCUGCACAGCGUACACCAGCCAGGCCUCCCAAAGCGACCAAGCUGUCACCGCCCCCCGUGUCUCCUCCCCCCGUUCCACUGGAGGAUGACCUGCUCUUGUCUCCUCAACCACCAGCAGGCCCACCCUCCACUGAUGAUCCAUUGAAAAUCAGGAAAGGACCCAGAACCAAGAAUGUCAACUACCAUCAUGAAAAGAGGCCGCAGAAACCUCCACCAGCUAAAUUCCCGAAAGAGCCAAAGACACCUAAAGUUCGCGGACGAAAGCCCAUUCGAAAGCCUAAAUUUCUCACUCAAAACGGAAUGCAAGAGAAAAAAGCAUCUGCUAAAGCUGAACCCACUACUGUAUUUGUUGAAAGUGUAAAGGUUGAACCUGUUGCUCAGGUGAAGGAAGAGGUGAGGGAGGAGUUUAAAUGUGAAAUUUGUGGAGAAAUCUUUUACACCAGACCAGAGCUGCUGUUUCAUGUUUCAAUUCACAUUUAAUGCGUCAGUGAAAGAAAAGAUUAGAGAAAUAUUUUCAUCCCCUUGUAGUUGUAAAUUUUUCCUUUCUAUAAUACUUUAUUGCAUAGUUUUCAUUUCUUGUACAGAUAGGAUCUGUAAAUUACUAUUAAAAAGCAAAGAGAGUGGCUUUCUUAGUUUUACUUUGUCAAGUUUUAAUUUUGAAGUUCUAUUCACUUGUCUGACUUGUCUUCUUACAAGUAUCUUUGUAAGUGGCCAUGGAACUUCCGAGUGGUGUUGUGAAGUUGUUAGUACAGACAUUCCUUUCGUCACGUCACUUAUGGCUCUCCAAUAUUGUGAACCCUGUCCAUGCAUGUGUGUGUUGGUGUGUUUGUGUUUUCAUUUGCUUGUUUGUGUGUGAAUGAUUGUGUAUGAGAGAGAUUUUGUGUGUAUGUAGGAGUGAGUUAGUACAACUUUUAAGUGUUGCUGUACAUUUUGAAGAAAUGGAAACAAGGAAUUGCUGGUAUCAAUCAGUACAGUACCUGCAUCUCAUUACCUUGUAAUAUCUUCUAUCUUAUAUUUUAUUUAUAUUAGGCCAUGGUUGUUAAUCUUACUGUUGUGUAAAUACAAUUAUCAAGAUAGUGGAUGCUUUUAAGGUGAACAUAGCUUAGCUUUCACUGACCUUUAGUGCUGCUUUUGACAUGUACACUACACCUGCAUUAUGAAAGAAAAGCACUUUGACAGUAGUCUGUAGGUUGAAUUGGAACUUGAUCCAUCUAUAUCUUGUUGGAUCUCAUUGAUUUACUCACUUGUUCUUGUAGAGAUGUGUUUCAGAGAGAACCAACCACUUCUUUUGCACUAUGUCUGGUCACAUUUUGUGUUGCUUAUAAUUUAUUAGUUCAUGUGUGUAACAAGUGUGUAGUAAAGGUAAAAAAAAAAAAUAAUUAGGUAAGCAACGAUGUAAAUAUUACAGUUUACUUUCUGUAAGUACAAUUUCUAGCAUAGCUUUGUACAGAUCAUUAUUCUUUAUAUAUGAAAUUACUUUUCACCUUCAUUAGUUUCUAUUGCUCUUUCAUGCUAUAUAGACAGCAGAACCAGACUUUCAUAAGUUUACUCUGUGCCACAUUUUUAUCAAGCAGCAUAGAUUUGUAUAUGUUCAUGUCAAGUUGCACUUCUAUCAAGAUGAAAUUUUUUUUUCAUGGAUGUUACUGCGAAUUUGUAGUAUCUGUGGGUAGACACAUCGUUUGUACCCAUCAUCCAGAUUGCUGUCAUUAGCAUCCAUUUUGCACACAGUUUCAUCUGGGUGUGUUUUUGUUCACCUUCUUUAAAUCAUAAACUUGUAGAUGAAUGAAAAUUUAAUAUUAUUACUAUGGAUAGUCCAUGGCGUUUGAGUUGUUGUAAAAUUACAUAUUUAAAAGUUGUAUAAGAAGGUAGAAAACUUAGUAGCAGUGAGUUGUGUUUUUACAUCCUUUAUUCUAUCUCUAUCCUUGUUUGAAUUAUGGUCAGAAACUUUUAUAACUGUGGUCAAGUCAUAGACUUUGGUUGGCAAUUACUUAAUGCCUCGAAUUUAGUUCUGUUUGAAAGUGUAUUACACUGUGACCAGUGCUAAAUACUGUAAUGCCACAGUAUACCUUAAGCUUGAAAAUUGUCUUAUUAACAAUAAAAUUGCUAAUUCAAUUUUG